AUGGUCCGCAAAUCCCACCACCAGAACAACAACGUGUCCCACGUCGAGGGCGGGAACCCCGAAUCCUCGCAGUCCUCCACCGCGGGUGAGAAGCCGGUCCAGAAGUCCAAGGGAUGUCUUGCCGGCGGCCAAUACCUCCAGGCUCUCCACGCCGAAGAGGACAAGGGCCUCUCGCAUGGUCCGCUGACCGAGCUCGAGAUCGACAUGCCGCUCACCUACUUCGACCACCACCGCCACGAGGGCGAGGAUUUCAUCCUGCUGAGAUUCGCCCCUGGUGAUGCCGAGAACCCUUUCAACUGGAGCAACGCCCGGAAAUCCAUGUCGACGGCACUGCUGUGCCUGAUGACCCUGACCAUUGGUCUCGCCACCACCGCAUACAGCUCCGGUGUCAGCAGCAUGUGUGAAGAAUUUGGCACCUCGACGGAAAUUGGCCAGCUCGGUCUCUUCCUGUUCAACUUCGUUUGCGCCAUGGCCCCCAUGUUCCUGGCUCCGUUCUGCGAGCUGGUCGGUCGUAAGGUCAUCUACGUCGGAGCAUACUUCUGCUUCUGCAUUACCUUCAUUGGUCUGGCGCUCGGCAAGAACAUUGCCACCAUCCUGGUCAUGCGCGCCUUCCUCGGUCUGUUCGGUUGUGUUGGUACCAUCCUGGUCGGCGGUACUUUCGACGACAUGUACCCUCCGGAGAAGCGCUCGAGGCCCAUGGCCCUCUUCUCCUACGUGGCCAUUCUGGGCACGGUCGGUGCUCCCAUCUAUGCCGGUUUCAUCGACCAGGCCAUUGGCUGGCGCUGGAUCGAGGGUAUCCAGGGUCUGUCCUGCGUUCCUCUUCUGAUCAUCAUCCUCGUCUUCUUCAAGGAGACGCGCGGUGGUGUGACGCUCCACAAGCGCGCCAAGGCGAUCCGCGCUGCGACUGGCGACGAGCGGUACAAGGCUCAGAUGGAUCUCGAGGCCAGGAACAUCAAGCAGAUGCUCAACGCCUCGUCCGUCAAGGCCGUCAAGAUGCUUGCCACCGAGCCCGUCGUCUUUGCUUUUGGUCUCUGGAUCGCCUUCGCCUGGUUCCUGACCUUCCUCUUCCUUUCGGUUAUCCCCAUUACCUUCACCGAGAAGCACGGCUGGAGUGAGGGUGUCUCGGGUCUUCCUUACAUCGCGCUCUGCGUCGGCACCACCAUUGCGUUCGGCCUGAACUUCCUCCAGAUCAGCAAGUACGAGAAGAUGAACGUGGAGCAGAACGGCAACGUCGCCCCCGAGGCGCGUCUGUACGGUGCUCUCUGGGGUGCCGUCUGGCUGCCCAUCGGCCUCUUCAUCUACUCGUUCACCCAGUACGGCUACCUCAUCUGGGUGGGCCCCGUCAUCGCCCUCGCCCUCAUCGCCAUCGGCAUCUUCUUCAUCUUCGAGUCGUGCUACUCGUACACGGCCGACUGCUACGGCCAGAACUCGUCGUCGGCCAUCGCCGGCCAGGGUCUGAUGCGCAACACGCUCGGCGCCGUGUCGCCGCUGUUCGCGACGCAGUUCUUCCACAACAUGGGCUCGCAGUGGGCCGGUCUGCUGCUCUCGCUCGUUGCCGUCGUCCUGACCUUCAUCCCCUUCGUCAUGUUCAAGUUCGGCCCGGCGCUGCGCGCUCGCAGCAAGCUCGCGCUCAUCAGCGAGGACGAGGCCAUGAGCGACGAGGAGGGCACUUCGGUGGAGCCCACGCUCACCAACCCCGUCCACUAG